AUGCGACUACAGCUGCAGGUUUACAGUUAUCAACUUCUCUACAAGCCCGGGAAGGAACUCUAUCUGGCAGAUACGCUCAGCAGAGCGCCAGACACUCAGGAAUACGCGACAGAUCAGUCACAAAAAAAUGAAGAAUUUGUACAUGCAAUGCUCAUCUACGUCAUCUUAGGAGAAACGGCUAAAGAAAAAUAUGCUAAGGCUACUCAUAGUGAUGCUACGUUGCAGCUUGUCAUCGGAUUAGUGGAAGUGGGGUGGCCAAAUCACAAACGAGAUUGCCCGGUGCCGGCUAAGCCGUUUUGGUCGGAAAGGGCCAGUUUAUCAACAGCUGGUGGUUUGCUACUGCGAGGACAUCAGGUGGUGGUUCCCGUCUCACUGCAGUCGGAAAUAUUGAAGCAGUUUCAUGAUGGCCACUUCGGAGAGUCUAAAUGUCUCGAAAGAGCCAAAUCAGUUGCUUACUGGCCAGGAUAUGUCGAAGAAAUACGCAACCUUGUAGCCGGAUGCCGUAUAUGUCAAGAGCGGCGUCACCAAAAUCCACAUCAGCAGUAUUACCCAGUGGAAGUUCCGGAUCACCCCUUUCAGCGUGUGGCGACGGAUUUCUUCCACUUACGUGGUAAAGGCUACUUGUUAACCGUUGACUACUACAGUAAGUGGCCCUGUGUCGUCGAGAUGACCUCAACAACAAGUGCAGCCACAAUCAAAGAAUUAGAUAAAAUAUUCUCUGAUUUUGGAGUGCCGGAAGUACUUGUGUCGGAUAAUGGCCCGCAAUUUGGCAGCGCUGACUUCCGAGCGUUUGCUUGUCAUCUCGCCAUAUCUCACGUCACAUCAAGUCCAUUUUAUCCAGAGUCAAAUGGUCAGGCGGAGAGAUCAAUACAAACUGUAAAAGCGGCGUUUGUUAAGUCCAUGGAGGAUGGUCGCACGCUCCAGGAUACACUCCGUGCAAUUCGUUCAACUCCCAUUGGCAAUGGUUUGCCCUCACCGUCAGUGUUGUUGCAGUCGCGAAAUCUACGAGGAAGUUUACCGUUCCUGUCGGAGGCAUUACGUCAUCAAAACGUGUCAUCGGGAGCUAUAGCAGCGGCAUUAAAGCGUCGCCAAAUGACAGCAGCCUUUCAUCAAAAAGCAGCCCGUUCGUCUCGCUACUCCAUUCUAACACUCGGUCAGCCAGUCAGAGUUCGUGUAGGAAAAAAGUGGGUACGCGGAAACGUCAAGCUAGUGUGCCAACAACCAGACUCAUAUGUCAUCACAACUCUCGAUGGCCGAGAGCUCAGAAGAAACCGAAGAGCAAUUAAUUGCUGCAAGGGAGAACCUGUCGUUCAUCCAGCAAAGGCCACAGCUCAAAAACAGUCAGCAGUUCCCCCUAAAUCGUCCUUGGAGCAGCAGCAGCCCAGUCUUGUCUACACACCUUGUUCCAGGCAACAGUCGGUGUUUUCGUUUCCGGCCCUGUCCUUGCCACGGUCGGUUAUUUCGUCGCAGCCGCCGUCUGUACUUCAGCCGCCAGCUCUGCAGCCGAUUCCAUCAGUUGUGGUGUUGCCCCUCCCUCCAAAUCCUGUUCGUGUCGCUCGUCAAGUUGUUCGCAAGCCACGGACGGUCAAAGUCUGGCCAUCGAGUUCCCGGAGUAGUUCCAGUUUGGCAGCGCAACGUCCCACCCUAUUGCCAGAGCAGCGACGGUCCGUCUCAUUGAGCCCAGCUCGCCCUCCUGAUCCGGCUGCGCAAGUAACAGAAGAAAAUUUGGGAGCGGAACCAGCGGCCGAGUCGACUAGUCUAACCCCAGCCGAACCGUCGGAAGCCGUUCAAGAGUAG